AUCACACAAUCUACUCUAGUACAUUCAUUCGACACACACAGAAUUUUUCUAAGUUCCAUUUUGUGUGGCGAGGCGAGACUUUGAAAAUUUUCAUAGCACUUUUGCCUUUGCCGUGUGGCUCGUUGCUUUUACAUUUCAUCUCGUGUUAAGUGGCUGAAAUAAGUAAUUUUUAGCUGCUAAUCAAAGCAGAUAAGUGUGUGCGUGGAAUCUUCGGAAUUUUCGUGUGAAUUUUCGUUGUCGAGACUGUAAAAAUGAGCGUGGAUGUGGCACCCGAGAAUGACAUCAAGACUCAGAAUGGGUCAUCUGAGCUGGUGCAAGUGAAUGGUGUCAGUAAUGGUCAUCACAGUGGUAGCAGCAGUAGUAGUAAACAUAAAUCUUCGAGUAAGGAUAAACAUCGUGAUCGCGAACGUGAUCACAAAAGUUCAAGCUCAAGUUCGAAAGAUCAUAAGAGUAGCAGUCGCGAUAAAGAUAAACACCAUAGCAGUUCAUCGUCCAGUAGUAAGGAUAAACAUCGGGAUAAAGAACGCGAUGGCAAGCAUAGCUCCAGUUCAAGUUCGAGUCAUCGUGAUAAAGACAAAGAUAGACAUAAAACAUCAUCGUCAUCGUCAAGCUCUCACAAAAGCUCUUCAAAGGAUAAGGAACGCAAAGAUAAAGAUCGCGAACGCAAAGAGAGUAGUAGCUCCUCUUCGAGUAAAGACAAAGACAAGGAACGAGAUCGCCACCACAAAUCGUCUUCAUCCUCCUCUAGCUCACGGGAUAAGGAUAAGGAUCGCCAUCGUAGUUCAUCAUCUUCGAAACAUAAACAUUCCAGCUCUAGUUCUUCAAAAUCUUCAUCUGUUGACAAAUCCAAAUUAAUAGAUGGGGAAUUCAUUAAACCAGAGCCGAUCUCACAGCCUCUAUAUGAUUCACAGUCAAAUGGUUAUAAUACUGAUUUUGCAGCACUUCGACGAGAGCAAGUUGGUAAUGAUUACAUGGACGAAUCAAAUACUGGUUUUGAGAACGGUCAUGGCAAAGAUGGUUAUGAAGAAAAGCCAGAUAUUAAGAUGGAAGAACAAAAUAUUAAUAUUUCGCAAGCGAGCUCAUGUGACUAUUCAAUGUCGCAGUUUAAAGAGGAUGAGCCUUCGUUUGUCGUAAAAGAGGAGGCCAGCGCUGACGAAGAUAGUAUGUUCAAACAGGAGCCGGAAAAUCAAGAGUAUGAGGAUGACGAGGAAGAUGUCCCAUUGGCUAUGCGUAAGGCAAAUGCUAAACCGAUUACUCCAGUUGUUGAGGACGAGGAGGAUGAAGAGGAUAUACCACUAGCAAAGCGAAAAAUAAAAGCGGAGGUGGAGGAAGAUGACGAUGAGGAUGUGCCAUUGUUGGCAAGAAAGAAGGCUAAGAAAGAGUCAUCGUCAGGGAAGACCAAGAAUAAAAAGAAACGUGUUAAGGAAGAGGAAGAAGAGGAAUAUGGGGAAUCAAAACCCAAGAAGAAGAAGGCCAAGAAGACCGAGCCGCAGACGCAAGUUAAACAGGAGACUACUACUCCAACUAAACGCAAGAAGAAGGAGGAAGAAGAAGAGGAAGUCUGGAGAUGGUGGGAAGAAGAGAAGCGUGAAGAUGGUGUAAAAUGGAAUACAUUAGAGCAUAAAGGACCUGUUUUUGCGCCACCAUAUGAACGUGUACCGAAAAAUGUACGUUUCUAUUACGAUGGCAAACCCAUGGAGUUGUCUUCAGAGACUGAGGAGGCAGCAACAUUCUAUGCAAAAAUGUUAAACCAUGAUUACUGCACAAAACAAAUUUUCAAUGACAACUUCUUCAAAGAUUUUCGAAAGACUAUGACAUCGAAAGAACGUGAAAUAAUAAAAGACUUCAACAAGUGCAAUUUUGAGGAAAUGUUCAGAUUUUUCACUGCAGAAUCCGAGAAACGUAAGGGUGCUUCAAAAGAGGAAAAACUGGCUAAAAAGUUGGAAAAUGAAGCCUUAAUGAAGGAGUACGGCAUAUGCAUCAUUGAUGGCCACAAAGAAAAGAUCGGAAAUUUCAGAUUAGAGCCGCCAGGUCUGUUUCGUGGUCGUGGUGAACAUCCCAAAAUGGGUAUGAUUAAGCGGCGAAUUCAAGCUGAAGACGUGUCUAUUAACUGUGGUAAAGAAUCGAAAAUUCCACCACCACCAUCGGGUCACCGAUGGAAGGAGGUGCGUCAUGAUAACACAGUUACAUGGUUGGCAUCGUGGACAGAGAAUGUGCAAGGUCAAGUGAAGUAUAUUAUGUUAAAUCCCUCGUCGAAGUUGAAAGGUGAAAAGGAUCACAUUAAAUAUGAAACUGCCCGACGUUUAGCUAAAUCUAUAGACAAAAUACGUGCCACAUAUCGUGAUGAAUGGAAAUCGAAAGAGAUGCGUGUACGCCAACGGGCCGUCGCUUUGUAUUUCAUUGAUAAAUUGGCGCUAAGAGCUGGUAAUGAAAAGGACGAGGAUCAAGCUGAUACCGUAGGUUGUUGUUCGCUGCGCGUUGAACACGUUAAGCUUGAAAAACAAUUAAACGGUAAAGAGAAUGUCGUCAUAUUCGAUUUCCUGGGUAAAGAUUCAAUUCGCUACUACAACGAAGUUGAGGUUGAGAAACGCGUCUUCAAGAAUCUAGAACUCUUUUUGGAGAACAAAAAGGAAGGAGACGAUCUAUUCGACCGUCUUAACACGCAAGUGCUCAAUGAACAUUUAAAGGAGCUUAUGGAAGGACUCACUGCCAAAGUGUUCCGUACCUACAACGCCUCAAUUACAUUACAAAACCAGUUAGAUUUACUUACCGAAGAGAGUAUGUCGCCUGCGGAGAAGUUACUUGCCUAUAACCGCGCCAAUCGUGCAGUAGCCAUAUUGUGUAACCAUCAGCGUUCAGUGCCCAAGGGACAUGAAAAAUCAAUGGAGAACUUGAAGGAGAAGAUACGUCAGAAGCGCGAUUUGAUUGAGGACGCCGAGUCGGAGUAUCAUGAUCUUAAGAAAGCUGCUAAGCGUGGUUCGGUAAAAGAGCGUGUUAUGGCUGACAAGAAGGCAAAGACGUUGGAAAGACUAAAAGAGCAGUUAAAGAAAUUGGAAUUACAAGAGACUGAUAGGGAUGAGAACAAGACAAUUGCAUUGGGCACCUCCAAGUUGAACUAUUUAGAUCCACGUAUUACAGUCGCAUGGUGCAAAAAGCAUGGCGUGCCAAUUGAAAAAAUCUUCAAUAAAACUCAAAGAAAUAAAUUCAUGUGGGCUAUACACAUGGCAGAUGAGAAUUAUCGCUUCUAAAUACAAACGCAGUAAUGUAGUAUACGUCUGAAAUCGCAUACGGCUGCAAGUACGACGUGAAAACUAGUUAAAUAUUGAAGGUUUAAUGCAGCAUUCUGCUCCCGAAUGCUGCGGCACUACUACUACUACUACCACCACCCACCACUUAACACGCUGUAGAUGAAUGCAUGAUGAAUUUAAGAGAUGAAAAUAUCAAAUUCGGCAACGUCAUUAAUGCUGCUGUCAAUGCAGCAGACGCAAGUUGAGAGUACGGAGACAUUAACAUAUGCCUCAAACUAUUUCAUAUAAUAUAUGUAUGAAUUAACUCUACAUACAUACAUAUAUAUAUAUAUAUAUAUAUAUACAUAUUAUCCAUAGUAUAUAACGUUUAGUAAGUAACAAUCAACUUAUUUCAUUAUUAACUAAAAUAGACACAACAACAAUACUUGCAAUACAUUUGAAUACAUAAUUGAAUAUGUAUGUCUAGUUAUGUAAGUUAAUAGGAAUACAUAUAGUUUGCCAUUUGAUGUGUGAAUGGCAACAGACUGUUCUCCUUAUUAUCAUCAUGAACACCACACACACACAAACACACACACACCACACGCAAACAAAAAAAAUACAAAAACAAACAAAAACAUUUAGUAAAACGUAUUUAACGUACAAACUUUAGGAAUUUUUGAAAGUAACAAUUUUGUUUUAUUUAUAAAUUAAAAAACACACAAAAAAAACGUAAAUUAAAAUGAAAAAAACUACAUAUUUCAAUGAAAGUGCAACACAGCGAAUGCAACAGCGACAAGGCGUUUUUGAUUUUUACUGCAACAGUGAACACUAAUUAAGUUUUAGUAGAAAUUUUGUUUUUAAAGCAUAUACACAUACAUAAAUACUAGUGUGUUUACUUUUUUGAUUUUUCCUCAAGGAAGGGCACAUCACUGCAUAUACAAUACGUACAUUAAUACGUACAUAUACAUAUAUAUAUAUAUAUCUACUAUAUAUAUAUAUAUAUGUGUUAAACAAACAUUAUUUGAGUUAAAUCAAUUUUUAGCAUAAUUCAUAACAAUUUUAUCUUAUCUAAAUGUAAGAAAAUACACUAUAUAAAUAAUAAUAAUAAUAAUUUAUAAGUAGUCAGAGCAGGAGUGGGGGAAACGCCGCUUCGUUACUCGUUACACUCACAUAUCAUAUGUAUGUGAGGUAAAUGAAACAAAAACCUAUCAAUGUAGCGGGCUAAUUCAGAAUUUUCCCCAAUUUAUGUGUAAUAAUUUAGAUUCGAUCUUAAAUGCAAGUAUGCAAACAUUUGGCGUAUGCAUUGAAAACAAAACAAAAAAAAAAAAAAGAAACAAAAACAAAAACGAGACAUUUAAUUAAACAAGAAAAUAAAAUAAGCAACACAUGCAAUUUA